AUGUCAGCCAGUGGGUCCCAGCCGAUUCCACAACCAUCGACGCCAACGACGCCAACAGCGCCGAUCCCAACACAGGAGGAGGUGAACGCGGAAGUCAGGGAGCUGAUCUACAAGUUCGGCUCGCAUGUCUGUAUGGAUGCAGUGCUCGGUGGCUACUGGCGGAUCGACGCCAAAUACCAGAGCACGACAACGAAGGACCGUGUGCAGGUAGACAACAUCGUCUCCAAGGCAAUCACCCAAGCCGAGUCGGACUCGUGGUCAUUCGGCAUAAGCGCCUCUGUGGCCACAGCUGACAACGCGUCAGGCGCUGCCUCGGGAGGUGCGGGGAGUUCCUCCGACAACAGCGGCAGCACUGACAACACCAAUGGUAACUCUCAGGCCUCCGGGACUGAGUCGAAGGACACCAAGCUCACCAUCGAGCAGUCCUGGAAGGGUGGAGCAGCUGGCACGAACCCUGGGGAUUGGCGGAAGAGUUUGGCUGCGGCGUUCAGUUCAAACUGGCGGGUCAUCGACCACGUGCUGCCCAAGUGCGUGGGCAUUUGGGAGUUUGUGGACGAUGACGCCACCAAGACGGCCUUGUGCAAUGGCUGGCUGGAUCUCUAUCUGGACGGGCCUACCAAGUCCAUCACGUCGCGAAUCAACGACACUGUUCGGGAGAAAGCAUGCGAGAGCACCUUGAACAUGAAUGCCCUGCGCACGCAAGCGCAAAAUCUCAUCCGCCUCGAAACUGAUGCACGAGACCGCUUGGAAAGACAGCGCUGUGCUGAGGACAAGGUCUUUAGCCGCUUCUGGAUCAAGGCAGACAAAGUGCGGAAUGGUGGGACCGCGGCCGAGCUGGCAGGGAUCCGGUUUGGCCUGAACAAGGAAACGUCGCUCUCUACUACAGCACAGAUGUACAGCUUUUACACCGGCACUCCGUCAAUUGUCGCAGGCUUUCCGAAUGAUGCCAAACAGUCCAUUACGGACUUCUCGUACAAGCUCAGUGCGGCGGGCUCGAGCAAGGAUCCCAUCCAAUUCACCAUCUACGGUCAGGAGGACGCAGGGCCAACAGUCAAACUCCUCACCUACCAGAUGGACCCGGAUAUCCAGCUCCUGACCAACAUAUCAGACGGGCAGACCAAUUUCUACCGACAGGCUUACUCCGAGUGGAUCCCUGUACAAGGUGCUAGCAAGGGCUUCAUCUGGGAUGAGACGGAGGAGGUCUGCCGUCCCAAGCGAUGCUUCUGCACGGACAAGGACGGCAAAGUGCAGCCGGGCAAUCCAGGCCCCAUUUGCACGUCACCAGACGGCUCGCUGGACUGCGACACUUGCUGCCCUACCGCUGACAGGCAGAAGUGCGGCGAAAGCGACCUUGCAGCGCAAUGCCCGAGUCUGGGAAAGAACUACAAGCUCCUGGAUCCCAACACGAGGUUCGAGCCCUGCAGGGCUGGAAAAUGCACCAUCGACGUGGACGGGUUCAAAUGCUGUAGGGACGUGACAUAUGCGAAGAGCUUCAAUGUGGAGAUCAGAACCCCGAAAGGCAACGACUGCGGCACAGACUCAACUGUGCAGGUGAGGAUGAACGUCGCCACGCCAGAUGGCACAAUCUAUCUGGGCGGUUGGUCUCACGAUUUAGGGAUACGAAAGGGCCCCAACUUCGACCAGGGAAUGAUUGACAGCUUCACGCUUAACAUAGCCGGGUUGGCUGGACUGAAUGUGCCGGUGAAGCCUGUCUAUAUCUGCUUCAGACUGACGGGCAAUGACGAGUGGUGCAUAGACUGGGUGAAGAUUUACAACGCUGACCUGCCCUCGGAAUACCAGGUGGGCGACCAAAUCAAAGGCUGGGAUGAAAGAUUUAAGAGUACAUCAGUGUGGUGCAAGUACCUGACUUAUACCUGA